AUGUCGGUCGAUCCCCAGCAGCUGUUGGACACGCUCUCGAGCCACGCUCGCAAGUACUCCGACAUUGCCUCCGAGUUCAUCGAUAAGAAUGUCGACCGCGCCGCCGUGGUCGUCAGAGACACCCUCUCCACGUCCGAGUGGGUGCCGGAGUCAGUGAGACCCAAGCCGGCCGUCCCGGAGGUGGUGGCCGUCGUGGCGUUGUCUCGCUUCGAACGAUUUCAGAACUGGAUUGCCGAGCAUAAAAUUUUGACCGGCGUUAUCGUUUUGACCUGCGGAACCGUCGUUUACAAGGGAUACUAUGAGAGCCGUUCCAUGAGGAAGACAAGACGGGCGAGAAGGGCCAGGAACGGCGGACGUACAGAUGUUGUCGUUAUCGCUGGAUCUCCAACUCUUCCUUUGACAAGGUCUUUGUCUCUGGAUAUGGAGAGGCGGGGCUUCAUUGUCUUUAUCGUCUGCAAUGCCGCUGAGGACGAAUCCAUGGUCCAAGCUAUGAAGAGACCUGAUAUUCGACCUCUGAGCAUUGACACAACUGACCCUCCCAGCGCUGGCUCCGCCAUUGAGCACUUUGCUCACUUCCUCCAGUCGCCUCAAGCUCCCGGACCUGGAAUGAAGCCCAACCAGCUCACUCUCAAAUCAGUUAUUCUGAUCCCGAGCCUACACUACCAGACAUCUCCUAUCGCAACCAUCCCACCCUCCAACUUUGCCGACCUCUUCAACACCCACCUCCUCCAGCCUAUCCUUGCCAUCCAGGCUUUCUUGCCUCUACUCACAUCCCGCUUGAACCCCAUUGGAGAAAAAUGGAUUCCUCCCAAGGUUCUCGUCUUUACUCCCUCCAUCAUCUCAUCUAUCAACCCGCCGUUCCAUGCGCCUGAGGCAACAGUGUGCUCGGCUUUAUCCGCCUUCACUGAGGUCCUCACCGCCGAACUCAGACCCCUGGACAUCCCGGUGACCCACAUGCAGCUAGGCACUUUUGACUUCUCUAGUUUCGUCCCUACUCGAGGUGGUGCUCACCAAGGACUUGUCACUGCAGGAAACCCUGAGUCUCCUCUCGUCUGGCCAGAGGGCGCUCGACACGUCUAUGCUAAAAACUUCGUUGCCCAGACCAGCUCAGCCAUCUCCGGCGGCCGUAUUCGUGGACUCAAGGGAAGCUCGCUGCGACGUCUGCACAACUCUGUCUUCGAUGUGAUUGAUGGAUCUGUCACCGCUGACACCGUGAGAGUUGGUCUCGGCGCCAGCGUCUACGGAUUCGUCGGCCGAUGGGCCCCUCGAAGCCUCGUUUCCUGGAUGAUGGGCAUCCGCCGGGUCGAUGAGCUCUCCACAUGGAAGACAAGCUCCUACGAAGGUUCAGAAAGCAGCAGCGACGAUGAGAGCGAGAAGGGAGAGGAGGAAUCCAGCGAGUUUGUUGCUGUCCCAAAUGAAAGCAACGUAUGGCAUGCCGACCCCGAGGCUGUAUGGACUCCCCAGGCAUCAGAGUCAUCCUAA